GACUCCAUGUCUGGGAAAGCAGAGGGAGGGAGGGAGGAUGCUCAGACCUCUCAGACGGGAGGAUGUAGAGAACAGUCUGCGUGUUGUUCGCUGCUGUGGACGGUCCUGGGAUGUAUUUGGGAAGCAGAGAGCCUCCAUCAUCAUCGCCUGACAUGAAUGCUAAGUGAAGGCGCUCAUUUAAAGGAGUGAAUCUGCCCCAGCCUGCUGGGCUGCGCUCAUCUCCCAUCAGACACACAUUUGGACAUCUUGGACCUUUUCCUCCUUCCAUUCACGUUUUCAAACAUUUAAAGCCGAUUUCAUUAUUUUUUAAAGCUAUUUGAAUACAUUUUCUGCCCUUAUUUAUUUUUAGCCAUUUUUUAUUGUUAUUUUGAGACGCGAGUUUGCAGAGUUGGGUGUGUUUUCCUUCUGUGAAGCUUCAAGACAAACUUCUUCAAUGGCUCUGAUUAUGGAGCCAGUGAGCAAGUGGAGCCCCAGCCAGGUGGUGGAUUGGAUGAAAGGGCUGGAUGACUGCCUGCAGCAGUACAUCAAGACUUUUGAGAAAGAGAAAGUUGGGGGAGACCAGCUUCUACGCAUCACCCACCAAGAGCUGGAGGACUUGGGGGUGUCCAGGAUUGGCCACCAGGAGCUCAUACUGGAGGCUGUGGACUUACUCUGUGCACUGAAUUAUGGUCUGGAAACUGAGAAUCUGAAGACGCUUUCUCACAAGCUCAGCGCAUCUGCAAAAAACCUGCAGAACUUUAUCACGGGCCGGCGACGGAGCGGCCAUUACGAUGGCCGAGCCACUCACAAGCUGCCAAACGACUUCCUGACGUCUGUGGUGGAUCUCAUCGCCGCUGCUAAGAGUCUGCUAGCAUGGCUGGACAGGUGCUCCUUCUUUUUUAGGUCACCUUUUGCUGCAGUGGCGGAUUACUCUGUGACCAGAAACAAUGUGAUCCAGCUGUGUCUCGAGCUCACUACCAUCGUGCAGCAGGACUGCUCUGUGUAUGAAACUGAAAACAAGAUCCUGCAUGUGUGUAAGACUCUGUCUGAAGUCUGCGACCAGAUUAUCUCUCUGUCCUCGGACCCCAUGGUGUCUCAGUCUGCACACUUGGAGGUAGUGCAGCUUGCCAACGUGAAGUCCACCGAAGGCCUGGGUAUGUACAUCAAAUCAACGUAUGAUGGUUUGCAUGUGAUCACCGGGACCACUGAAGGAUCCCUGGCUGAUCGCUGUAAGAAGAUCCAUGCGGGAGAUGAAGUCAUUCAGGUCAAUCAUCAGACCGUGGUGGGCUGGCAGCUGAAGAACCUGGUGAACCUGCUGCGUGGGGACCCUGCAGGUGUCACCCUUACACUGAAGAAACGCCCACAGAGCACGCUCACGUCCACUCCCGCUCUGCUCAAAAACAUGAGAUGGAAACCAUUAGCUCUGCAGCCCAUCUUCCCUCAGAGCCCCAGCAGCAGCGUCGCAACGCCCACCAGCACAUUAAGCACUCCCUCCAGGCGAGGUAGCUGUGCCCUGCAGGAUCUGUACAUCCCUCCACCUCCAGCAGAGCCUUACACCCCCAGAGACGACAAGGCAAAUCUUACAGACGAGGAGUCUCAGUCGGAUGGCCGGACCGCAGAGCGAUCCGAGUCACCAAACUCCUAUCUGGACCAGGAGUGUCGGCGACAAUUCCCUCUGGUAGAGGAAGACUCCAUACUCUACUGCUAUGAGUACGACCAGAAUCAGGAGGCCUCGUCAGUACGCAGCGGGAGCACUCCCACCUACGGCAGGCUCAGGCCCAUCUCAAUGCCUGUGGAAUACAACUGGGUGGGAGAUGACGAAGACCUGGCGAAGCUGAGGAGAGAGAGCAGGAGAGAGAAUUCCCUCCUGCGCUUCCCAAGUGAGGACAAACCCUGUGCAGAGAGCUUCAUUUUGGGCCGCAGUCUGAGUCAGAACAGGAGGAAGAUGGAGCGAGGGAGCAGCCCCACUCACUACACACUUGUUCCCGCCCUGGAAGUCGCCAUGUCCACGUCCAGCUCCGACUCUGCGUCACUUUACCAUGUGUUUGAACGCUCCUCGAUGCUGACAAGGUCUAAGAAGAAAAAACAAGCUGCCAGCCCGAUGGCUUCCAUCAGUAAACGAAGGAUUUCCUGCAGGGACCUGGGUCAGGGGGACUGCCAGGGCUGGCUAUGGAAGAAGAAGGAUGCUAAAACCUAUUUUUCCCAGAAGUGGAAGAAGUACUGGUUCAUCCUAAAGGACACGUGCCUUUACUGGUACAUGAACGAAGAGGAUGAGAAGGCUGAGGGAUUCGUGAGCCUCCCAGAAUUCAGGAUCGAUCGUGCCACUGAAUGCAGAAGAAAGUAUGCUUUCAAGGCUUGCCAUCCCAAGAUAAAGACCUUUUACUUUGCUGCGGAAAAUGUAGAUGACAUGUCCCGGUGGCUGAGUCGACUCAGUAUGGCAGUUGCAGGAUACUCUGAGCAGGAGAAAAUACGUCAGGAACAAGAUUACUGGAGUGAGAGUGAUCAUGAGGACAUGGAGAUGCCCCCGGUGCCAAAACGGGACAGUCCACCACCACCUUAUGACACCUAUCCAAGAGCGGCCUCCGUAAGCCCCUACCUGGAGCCAAAGCGUAGCCAUCUCUCCUCUUCGGACACGUUCCAGUCCCGUUCCUCACACGAGGAGUUCCACUCGGAGCCUCAGGAAAGCAACAGCAACAACAGCAUCUCCCCCGGGCCGAAGGCCAGCAGCCACAGGAACUCAUGGCAGGACCAGUUGGAAGGCAACUCCAGGAUGCACUAUCUGCAGACCUAUCCUGUGGAGGAACCCAUGCAGUCUGAGGACAGGGAUCAGCUGGCCAUGGAGUAUCGCAGGCAGUCCACUUUACCAGCGCAGCGCAGCCUGCUGCAGGAGCAGUACAGGGCCCUGCCUCUGCCCCUCAGGGCAAGCAUCGACUCCGACGCCGGAGGGAAACCUCGCAGUUUCACGCUCCCCAGGGACAGCGGGCUGCAUGCUAUCCUCGCUGCUGCUGCCGCGUCGGAUCAGAGAGAGACCCAGAACUACCAAAUGGACCGAGCCAGGGACACAGGUCUUGGGCGUGAAUGCAGAAUGCAAACAGAUUCGUUGGUGGAUUUGUACCGAGCUCUGGAGCAGACCAGUCUGUCCAGCUCUACUGACCACAGAUCAGCUGGUCGGCUUGAGUACAAACGCUCCUUCGUCCGCAGAUCUAACGACCCCCUUUUAAACGACAAGCUCCACCGCCUGCGGAUCCUGCAGAGCUCACUGAAGAAUGUUCCUCUUCAGGACACAAACCGGUCACUGGGGUUUUUAGGUUAACCCCCCCCCCCCAGCUUUGCCUCUUGCUUGUGCCUCAGAUUUGGAGUCAAAGGCACCAAACACAUCUUUAACCUCCUCAGCCGUCCAUUGAUCAGAUUUUUUUUUCUUCUUUCUACUACUUCUCUGAAAAGCAGCAAAAAAAGCAAAAACGAUGUCACUUUUUGCCUCUUUUCAUCCUCAAGGAGGCAGGAAUCAAAACCAAUUAAUAAACUAUCUGAAAGCACUUUUGGCCAUUUAAAAGAUUAAUUUGUAAGCUUUUUAAAAUCAUCACCUCCAUGCAUGGCGGCCCCUCCCACCUCUCCCAUUUCUGUUGCAUUGUUUUAAACCUUUAUCCCGGACAGCCGCUCCACGCCUGGCUUCAUCGUGCAUGUGCAUUUGAUCCACAGUUACGUUUGUUCUGUGAGUGUACAGGGUGUCGUAUAUUUAAUGCUACAUUGCUAAAGCGGUGAUCACACCAUGUUUUAUUAUUCUUUGGCUACCUAUUUAAUCUGUACAUCAAGUGCUGUGCCUCAGUGAUAGUGAAUGUACAUUGUACCUUUUUAAAAACAAGAGUUGAGAGAAGAUUUAGAGAGAAAGCCAUUUCCUCAACAGAGGCACAAACAUGUAACGUCUGGCAAUAAUGAACUAUCUCUGUAAAUGACCAUGGAGUGAUAAGAAUAGUUGUCUAUUUUUGUAUGCAUGCUGUCUACCUGAUUGUUUGUAUGGCAGUUUUGUAAUUCAAAGUGGGUUUGGUUCAGAUAAUGCUGGUGUUUUCUCUCUCAUCCUUCCACCCACAUCACUUUCACACAACCAGUGCGGUGUGUUUUCUCUAGUUGUUAUAGACACUGGCCCAGAAAUGUGAUUUUUUUUUCUUCCAAUUUUAACCAUGAAAGAUCUAUAAAAAAAAAAAGAAAAAAAGAAGUAUUUAGUAUAUGUUUAAUGGGGAAGCAUGCUCUGUAAGACUAAAGUACAUUACCAUGCCAUUUUGAAAAAGACUCAUAUUGCACACCUGGGCCAUACUGUAGCCACUUAUUGUUUUUUUUAUUGAUUAAAGUAUGGUACAGGCAUAAA